UUCUUGUAUUACACGGCGGGUCAACUGGGCGAACCUCUGGUCAACUUUAAUGCUCCUUUUUCCUUCCAAUCUCCUAUCGUCGCAUUGACCAAAACGUUGGGUUUUUUUUCCCCCUAAACAUCGCCAAACCAGCAUAUACCUUCACACUUGACGAUACGCACCUCCAUUCUCACAACCAUCGACUCAACCGAUCAAAAUAUCGAUACCGGCACUCCCAAAACCUAGUUUUCUCGAGAUUUAUUUCUGCUAUGACAGUUGACCUCCGGGCAAAUCGCUCAUUCAGUGCUGUCUCAAGUGCUGUCGCAAACGCUCCGUGGCCGACUGAAAUGGAGGUUGAUGGAAGCGGGGAAGUAGUUGAGAGCAAAGAGCGUUCUACCAUUACAUCGCACGAACUGCCGAAUAAUGAUGUUGCCUCGCCGGCACGCCGCCGGAAACGCUUGCUGCUGUCUACAGAAAGCGCCUUCGUCGACAAUGUGCUCUCGUCCCUUGUUCAACAUCCUGACAUCGAGUUACGACUGAUUACAGACGAACCGUCCGCGCUUCUCUCCGGUGCGAAUAAGGUUCCUCACUACAUGGACACAGUAGAUAGUCAGACUUUUGAGAAGAAAACUGGUGCUCGGAGGUGGCUGAAGGCUAAAGCUGCAGAACUCUGCGAAUGGGCGGAUAUGCUGCUAGUUGCUCCCAUAGACGCUGGAACGUUAGGAUCGAUGCUAUAUGGCCUGACGAACACAUUGACACUUGCACUUCUCCGUGGAUGGAUAUCCUCAAAACCUGUCGUCCUAAUACCGGGCAUGACUGUAUCAGAAUGGCAUCACCCAUUAAAUGCUAGGCAGCUUCAGGAGGUAGACCAACAUUGGCCUUGGGUUAGUGUGAUAACGCCUGUUCUGAUGAAAUCCAAUAACCCCGAGGAGCUCAUCCAGCUUCCUUGGGGUGGCUUAGAGGAGCUUCAUGAAACCAUCGAAACAACCCUAGGCUUGUCUUUUUCUCAGUCUUUAACGGAACCCAUUGAGUCGUCCGAAGCUUCGAAAGUUCCUUCGUUGGGAGAGAAAGCAUCCCUAAAUACGGCUACUACUACUUCACGACACGCCCCUCAUCGGUCCGAUAAGGGCGCACGAUUGUUACCAAUGGAACUGUGGUUGAAUAUUUUCGAGGACCACUUGCAUGAUUGGGAGAUCGCCAAAGCAGUCGGUAUCCCAACGAAUCUUCCUGUUCCGAAGGAAUGGCAAAGUCAUCUGCUUAAGAUGUCGGCCCCUGCCUCCCUUGAGUACACAAUUCUUCGCGGCUCCUUCGCUGCGAUCAAGAAACGUAUUGACAGCUUGCCACGGUGGAAACCCAUCUCCGAUCUUGCCUGCCACCUGAUCUUCAAAUUUUCACGAACCGACAUUCUUUCAUACCUAACGGAGAACCACCUUGAUCUCCUGUGGACAACCUCUCGCCUCACUAACUUACCAUAUCGUGCGUCGGCCAUUUACGGAAACCCCAACAUUCUAACUUGGUGGCGUGAUGCCCCGGCCCUUCCUACCAAAGAAUACAUCGCCGAUGCAAUGGAUGGUGCCUCUCGUGCCGGCUUCGUCAAUGUCCUCGAAUGGUGGCGUACCUCCGGCCUCGAACUCCGGUACACUGAGCGAGCCCUCGAGUCAGCCAGUGCGGAAGGCCGUGUGUCCGUUCUAGACUGGUGGAAGAAAACCUCCGCGAGCGCACCCCUAUCGGAUCCCAUCCCUCUCAAAGUCGGUAAAUCUGUCCUCCUAGCAGCACAAUCAGGCCGCACAGCUUCCCUCGCCUGGUGGGACGCCUCAGGCAUCCCUUACAGCCACGCCGAAUCAGUUGCCCGUAUCGCCAGCACACACGGCCACGUCCACGUGCUCGACUUCUGGUACCGACUUAAAGGUGCCAAGAUGAUCUUUGACUCGCAGGUCCUCGUCGGACCGACAAAGAACGGACACGACAACGUCCUUGAGUGGUGGCGACAGAGCGGUCUCCGCGUCGAGUUCAAGACGUGCGAUAUCGAAGAGGCCCUCGAAGAUGCAGACCCCGUGUCCGGUGCCGAAGAAAGGGUUCGGCGGUGGUGGGCUCGCAAUGGACUCAACCUUGGCGUGGGAACGAGUGAAUGGAUGAAAACGAAGGUGUUGUGAUUGUACUUCUUAGGCUUCCCCUUUUUUCUCCUUCCGUUUGUAUAAUGACUUGAUCGGCUUCCUAUUGUUAGAAAUACCCCCU